CUCCCGAUCGGACCACCCCUCCAUUACUGGUUGCCAAGGCGGAAAUGUGUGCGCAUGGGACAUUCACGCCAUCCUCAAAGAAGCUGGCCUUGAAGACCUACUGCCUGUUCCUGAUGUCAUAGAGUUGAUAGACACGGAUGCCACUCAGGGCAAGGACGAUGAACUACCACCAGACUUUUUUGAUGGUGUGCGAGACGGUGUUCACUCUUCCACAGCAUACAGUAACCAAUACCGUUCCUCUGCCCACCACCGCCCUAUCACACGCUCUUCGGGGAAUAUGCUCCUCAGAGGCCUUUUAACGUUCUUUCGCCGCUCUCCCUCCAACAUUAAUCAAGCAACCGAACUUCAGCAACGUCCAAGGCGGUCUAUCUUCUCUCAUAGCAGCCCUCGUGUCGUCGAGGUUGCUGCGGUGCGGGACAAACAAGCGCUAUAUGUUGCUCCGCCGCAGGCAAAAAAAACACAGGCUCAACCACAAGGCCAAGCUCAGUCGUCGUCAUCGCAAUCUCAGCCUGCCGCCGCCUCGACUUCCACGGCACCUCCUGCUCCAGCCCCCACUCCUGCUCCUGAUACAACUACUGCAAUACCAGUUGCAGCAACCGUGAGAACAAACAUCCUCCGGUUCUUGGCUCGUCUCGUGCUCUUUCUUUGUUGCGCAUACCCCCCACAAGCUGAUGGACAUUGAUGCAGAUGAACCAUAUGAACCACUAUAUCAUCGUUCCUUCCAGUUCUUUAGGGCGGUUAUCUCAUUUUCGCUGUUUUUCGCUAGUUUUCAACAAGCGCGCAUAAAUAUAUUUACAUACAACCUGCGCGGGGAUCAUACAUCACGUAUCUCCUUCUGCCGCUACUAUGUGAACGGCCGAUCUCAAGCAAGAGCUUCCGCUUGAUAGACUUUGGCAGAUCGAAGAUGUUGGACAAUCCAGUGAGCAAGGCGAGCGAGGAAGACACAGCUUUGCGCUUGUUUUACUUGUUUCAUCACGAAGUAAUGAAAAAAAAAGUAGAAGUGUUCUUUUCUUGUCGCUCUACUGCUUUGUAAUAGCAACU